CAGCAGAGACACGAGGAGGACACCUACUCGGAGGGCAGCACGGCGGACAUGACCAACACGGCCGACCUCCUGGACAAGAUCGCCGACCUCGGGGAGGACGUCAAGGACCCCGAGGACUGCUUCACGGAGGGCUGUGUCCGGCGCUGCCCCUGCUGCACGGUGGACACGUCGCGGGUGCCGGGCAAGGUGUGGUGGCGGCUCCGUAAGACGUGCUACCGCAUCGUGGAGCACAGCUGGUUCGAGACGUUCAUCAUCUUCAUGAUCCUGCUGAGCAGCGGCGCCCUG